GUUUGAAUGUUGAUUGAAACGUUGGCGAAAUGCGAAUUCCGUGGAGACUUUGGGAGCGCUGAGAGUUUGACGAGUUGAGGCCUGAGGGUCGAACGAUUCUGCCGGUUGCCCUCGCUGUAACGGACAAAGUUCGAACGGUCGGCUAAAAUAAAUGCGUUUGUCGGUGGCGCGCCCUUCCAGCCGCGAUCCGAGUCGUUCCGUUAGCCGUCCGCCGCCGCCAGUGCCAGUCGCGAUCCGUUUUCCACUGUCCUCCCGUCCUCGCCCGCCUCCGACCGCCUUCCGCCUGGGAUGAUCCAGCACCCGGCCUCCUCCACCGCCCCCUCCGCCUCCGCAGCAUUCCGCCGCUGACCCUCGCUUGUCCCGAAAGUCGACCGGCCGUCCCACGCCAACAUGGACGACCCAGCCGAGACCAGGAGACAAAUGGAGUGCAGCGACGUCGACGAAGACUCGGCCAAAAUCGAUGUCCCUGAUGAAGGUGCCAGGAUUUGUGUGAUCGGAAAUCUUUCUAAUGACGAGUCUGUUCUUGAAGCUGCCAGGGCUUUCAAUGUCCCUGUUGAAACGUCUCUCGAUGGAUCAGAGUGGAUUGAUAGUGCAGUUUAUUGCACAGUUUUUGUAUUGGAAGAGUUUUCUGGCCCUGUAUUUGAUAGGCUUAAAGAAAGGGGCCACAGAAUACUUGGACCGACUGCCCUCAAAGAAUUGUCGAAAGACAAUGCGUCUUUGCCUGAUAACCCAAGGCCUCUUUAUAGCACAUCUAUGAAAGGAGUUGUAGUGUGCUUCACCGGUUUCCGGAAAAAAGAGGAACUUGCACGUCUUAUAUUGCUCAUACACAACAUGGGUGGAAGCAUACGGAAAGAGAUGAUUGGAAAAGUUACCCACCUUAUUGCUAAUUGUUGCGGUGGUGAGAAGUAUCAAUAUGCAGUGGCUUUUAGAGUUCCUAUAAUGUCUUCAGAAUGGGUUUACAACUCUUGGGCAAUGAGGGCACAAAUAGGAUACAAUGCACAUCAAAAUGGAUUGGCUGAACAUAAACUCAAACCUUUCCAUGGUGCCAGGGUAUGUUUUCUUGGAUUUCCCGAAGAGGAAAGGAAGCACAUGGCAGAUAUUUUAGUUGAAAAUGGAGGCGUGCCAACGGAUAUUCAGGAUCCACUGUGUUCUCAUGUUGUUUUGGAUAGUGCAGAAACAUAUGAUGUCCUUCAGAAGGAUUAUAAAUAUUUGACGAAGAGGCGAAGGUGCGGGUCGGAGUUGUCCCCCACUCAUAACCUAGAGCUUUCGAUCCAAGAUCCCCACAGCUGUUCUACCCCCAAGACCCUUGUCACUAAUGUAACCUCUGAUGUCCACCACGAAAAGUCUGUUGUUACAGCCGAAUUGACUGAGGCCAUUGAGGUCCUAUCACAAGACCAAGAGGAGAACAUUUCUCCAAAUUCUGACAUUAAAUGCCCUAUUCAGGCUAAGAGAUUUAAAAUGUCUCCUUGCCCAGAAAAGUUGCAUUUCAAGACGCCGACAAGGCUUAAUAUCGUACGAAGGUCCCUUAGAUUUAAAACCUCAAGCGUUUUGUCCAAGUGGAUAUCUAGCUUGGAUGUGAGCAUGGGGGCCAAAACCGACCCUCCUCCUCAAGUAAAUGAACAAGGAAAAGACCCUCCAAAUCAGACUGAAGUGAAAGAAGAGUAUGGCAUGAAUUCUAUGGUUGUUGAUGAAUCAACGACAACUACAGCACCUUCUCAAGCAUCUUCAAAGGCUCAUGUUGUCAAAGCAGAAUGGUUUUGGAUGUCAGUCCAAAAUCAAGGGUGCAUGGCUGAAAUUGACCACUUUUUUCAAGAGGUCAUGCCUAGUACACCAAAUAAUAAGGAUAUCAGUGGAUCUUCGUAUGUGGGGCGAGUCACUCCAGGGCUUUCAAUCGGUUCGACUCCAGGGUCUUCAGUCAGAGCAAGAAAAAGAAAAAGGCUGAGGGGCUGUCGCUUGCCAGGUAGCAGUUCGCCCGCUUUGACAUCUCCAAUUCUUGAACCCGUUAAACGGAGAUCUUCCAUCACCGAUGCUACUCUUCUUAGUUGUAGUGGGUCCUUCCUCGAUGCCAGUCCUCAUCCAGAUUUGGAAGAAGAAACUGAAGCCGAAGGACCUGAAACGCCUAGGAAAAAUCUGAGUGCGAGACAUCAGGUCUUUUUAGAACUACUUCAAACAGAAUCAAAUUAUGUAGGAAUUUUAAACACAAUUAUGAAUCUUUUCAAAGCACCUCUUGAAGAGAUGCUUGAAGGAGAAGAUCAGUUGUUAAAUGCCACAGAGCUUAAAAUAAUUUUUGGUAAUCUACCACCAAUUUACCAUACACACUCUUGCAUGUUGGAAGAACUGCGGCAUGCAGCACAUAACUGGAAGGAAGAUGUCUCAAUCGGGAAUAUUUUCAGGAAAUAUGCCACCGAUCUUGUAAAAGCUUAUCCGCCUUUUGUGAAUUUUUUUGAAAAUACCAGGGAGAUGUUGAUCAAAUGUGAUGAGUCGAAACCGAGGUUUCACGCUUUUUUGAAAGCAAGGCAAACUAGAGCUGAAUGUGGACGGCAAAGUCUUCAAGAGUUGCUGAUACGGCCUGUUCAGAGACUUCCGAGUAUAUCGUUACUUCUAAGUGAUAUGCUGAAACAUACUAGCAAAAGUAAUCUUGAUCAUUCAGCCUUGGAAAGUGCUUUGAGCUCAAUACGGGAAGUCAUGACUCAUAUUAACGAGGACAAAAGAAAAACAGAAGGACAGAUGGUCAUGUUUGAUAUUUUUAAUGAAAUUGAUAACUGCCCUCCUCAUUUGGUGUCAUCCCAUCGAAACUUUAUUUUCCGUUGUGAUGUAAUCGAGCUGAGCGAUGGACUUAGUGGCCGCGGAGACCCACUUGUUCUCUAUGUCUUUUCAGAUGUAGUCGAAAUAUGUAAAAGGCGGUCGAAAGCAUUCAAUUCCCUUAAAAGCCCAAAUACGAAUAUUACCGGAAAGCUUACAAAUGGAAAGCCUUACAAACACAUAAAACUAAUGCCUCUUUCAACGAUAAAGCGUGUAAUUGACAUAAAAGAGACUGACGAUUGCCACAAAGUUUUUGCCUUAAUGUGCCGAUCCACACAGGAUCUGAAAGAGAAGCUUUACUCUUUUAAAAUUACCGAUGAUGAAGUAGAGAAAAUGUCUUUUCUUAAAACUCUCUGUCGGCAAACGGCCUACAAUGCAUGUAGAGCUGAUGCUGAAAAUUUCCUUGCUUCAUUGGAUCCACAAACUUUGGAUAUUGAAACAAGUGAUGUAGGCCUGGGGACACUUGGGAAAGCCUUUAAGUUUGCGACGAGAACGAGGCUGAAGGUUGGCCGGGCGCUGAGCUUUAAUAAAACUCCGAGCAAACUCAAACGCGCCAUGUCAACUAUGAUGUCACCUUUUGGAUCUACGACAAAUCUUACCCCGGCGACUCAACUGGCUCAGAUGAGGUUAGCGAGCUGUACAAAUAUAAAUGAGCUUGCUAACAGUUCACCUCCCGCUCCACAGUACGUUGCCCCAAUGUCUGUACAGCCGACAAGAAGGUCGAAACAUUCCUCACUUGGUGUAUCAUCUUUGAGACGAUUAUGACACAUAUAUAUUUUAAUUGGCGCUAUACCAUUGAUACACUGACAAAGGGAGCAACUUAUCACUGCAGAAUGCAGUCACAUUGUAAAUAUUCUAUCAGUUCUGACAGGAAUAAGAUAAAUGGAGAAUCCAGAGAUUUGAGCUUCCUCUCCAAAACGUCAAUUCGAGUUCUCAGCUUUCCUAAUAAGAGUUUGUAAAUAUGAAAAUAUAUUUAUACAUAUAAAACAUAUAAAUUAUUAUAUAAAUAUUAACUUUAAUUAUGUGGCAAUCUGUAUGGAAUCGCUCCUGUAGGUAAACUGAUAUUACCUAGUAAACAUUUUAAUUUCUGGAGAUUUUUGUAUAAAAGUGAUACAAGUUUUCUAUUUCAAUACUAUUUCAUGUUGAAUUUAUAUAAUAUAAAUUAUCAAGAUAACCGAACAAAGCAAUGUUGUAAAUGGUGCUUACUGUAUUGAUAAUACUUGAUUAUUAAUUACUGUGGUUUUUCAGUCUGAUCAUUAUGCAUUUUGUAUAUAUAUUUGCAUAGUAAAAUGUGCCUUAAUUGUACAAUACACCACUUUGUGCUUACGAUAGCGUGAAGAACGAAUUGUAAAUGUCAGCUUAUUUUUACAACUAUUUCGUAUUUGUAUACCACACUAAGUGCUUUAUCUCAAUUUUUUAUAAAAUUUUGUAUCAUAAAAAUAUGGUUUUCCCCCCUUGUCAGUACAUACCCUCCUUGAGAAUUUCCAGUUCCAAUUUGUCAAGCUUUAAUAAGUAGAUUGUAUACAGAAUAUUAUCGAAGAUUGGGUUCAGUUGCUAAAUGUGAUUUUGUAUCGCUCCGUAUCGGAGUCGUGUUUGAUUUUAUAAGUAAGCCGCUUACCAACUUGUUUUUGACUUUUCAAAUCUUUUGGAAAGUCUUAAAUAAUUUUGUAAGCCGAGGUUUUCGAAUGUACGGUACAAGCUCAUUUAAUUUACUGUAAAUAUCUUUGGUAGUUUUCUAGUAUAGACUUUUAGAGUUAUUAUUUGCAUGUUGUUUUAACGCAAAUCGAUUGUACAAAUUAGACUAUUAAGUGGAUAAUUUUAUAAUACAAUUGCUUUAUUUAGACUUAAAAGGAAUCCAUAUUUGUUCACAACUUUACCAUUUUUAAAAUAAUUGUAACAAAACAUUUCAGUGGUGCGUUUUAUUGCCAGUAUAACAAUAUUAAAUAUCUUGAUUAUUUAUCUCAAUACAAAUUCAA